UGAAUUCUUACGUACCGAACAUAUUCGAAAACAGCGGUAAACCCUAGCAUUAUCAUUGGAUCAAAUCAAAGCGAUUUAAGAUUUAAAAGCUUGGAAUCUUGGAUUGUGAUUGAAUUCAGUUGUUGUUUGCAUUAGAAAUGGGUAAGCAUCUCCCAAAACGAGAGGCUUCCCUUUCCCUUUCAGUGGAAAAGAAUCAUCCAGGUUGUAUGUGGAGUUUAGUUCAUGUUCUACAUCAUCAACGAUGGUUUCAUGUCAAGAAAAUGAUUCCUAAUAGAAGACAUAACAGUAGAAGAACUCAAGCAGGGCAUCCUGGUGCUGUUGCAGCAACUGGAAAUUAUGAAUUCAAACAACACAUUGAUCCUCAAAUGAAGAAGACAUUGGUUCUUAAUCCUGCAACCAAAAGCUCUGUAAGGAAGCUCAAAUCUAUAUUUCUUAUUGAGAUGUCAAAGAGAAAGGGUAAUCAUCGCAGAACUUCUUCAUGUCCAGACAAAUCACAACUCAAACGAACUGAAUCCAUUAACCUUCUGGAAAAUUCUGUCAUACCUCGCAUUGAAAGCCCACAAGCUGUCAAUAUUAAGAACAGCAGCCUGGUUCCUCAGGGAGAAUCGAAACUACAAGACGACUCAACAGAAACACAAUCAAAGCAGCUUCUGGAUGCACUCGAUAUUUUCAACAUGAAUAAGGAAUUAUUCGGAAAGCUUUUGCGCGAUCCAAUCUCACCAUUAUCAUACCAUAUUCACAAACAGCAAACAUCCAAGCCGAGAUCAGGAUAUGCCAAGUCAUUAUCAUUUCCUUCUAGAUUCGGAGAGAAAACAGAAUUAUUAUCCGAGAAACAUGAAGCCAAAGAAGAUUUAGAAACUUAUGCAACUAUGAAAUAUCAUAAGCCAGAGUUUCACAACAAUCCACCAAAGUCUGAAUCUACAGAAGACGAAUUGUCAGAUCAUGACUACUGCCCUUGUUCUCCUAGGGGAAGAACUCGAAAAGGAAAUGUAAAGGUCAUCAAACAUUUCAAGAAUCUCAGAAGAAAGAUAAAACACGCCAUCCACGAAAGUAAGAAGGAAAGGCAAAGAGUAACAAUGGAUGCAGUUCUUCACAAAAUCCCAUACGGCAAGAAAUGUCCAAAUGAUGUGCCCGAGAAAGUAUCCGAAAUAUGGACGAAUCCAAAUGAGGAGGAGGAAAUUGAUAAACCGGGUCGUGGGUCGAUAAGCUUUCGCAGUGUGAGUAUGGUGCAAAGUGGAAGGAAAGCUACAUCUUUCGAUCCACCAAUAGAUAAAUACAAUUGGUUGUAUGAAUCAAGUUGCAGGAAAGAAAUUAGGUCUGAACAAGUAGCAAAGGAAGUGGAAAAGAAUGAGAAAAUGGAGAAACCUUCAUCAGGUGGUGGUAAUAUUAAAAAGAGUUUCGAGAGGAUUAUUUCUUUACCUGAUCUUAGAUCAUAUUAUUAUCUCUUCAAUGAACCUUCCCCUGAUGCUCCAACUCCUCUGGAUAGGCCUUCUAGGAAAAAUUCGAAUGAUGAUCCAAUUAAAGCUGUUGUUAAGCUCGAGAAAAUAUCCAAAGGUGUUCAAGAUCAUGCAGAGAAUCAAACAGAGAAUGACAAGGAAUCACAUCAGUUACAAGAUGAAGAACUGGAAAAUGAUUUGGGAGUAUCUGCCUUUAAACUACAAAAUGAAUCUGAGCCUACUCCGGUUUCUUUGCUCGAGUCUCCUCAAGACGAUGUAGCCAACCCAUCAUCAUCUUCUACAUCAGUGUAUUUACCUGAAGUUGAACUGGUGAAAGAAAAUCUGCAAUUAGAUCCAGAAAGCUUCUUCUUCUUCCAAAAAGAAGAUUUCGCAGAAUCCAAUAACCAAGAGAAGGCAGUCCUGCAUUCCCCUGGUCAAUGUGAAGACAAGUUAUCAUCAAAUAUGCUCGUCAGUAAGAACGAUAUCGUCGAGUUCAAUUACGUGAAAAAUGUGUUGGAACGAUCAGGUCUGAGUGGUAAGAAUCACUUGUCCACAUGGCAGCCAGCCGAUAAACCAGUUGGCCGAUCAGUCUACGAGGAAAUGGAGGAUGGUUUGGUUCUUGGUUCAAAUAUUCCCAAAACAGAAAUCGACAACUGGGAUCGUCUGCUUCUCUUCGAUCUAAUUAACGAAGUGUUGAUGCAAAUUCAUGAUAGAGCAUUUACUUAUUGUCCCAUAAAUUUGACAUGGGUAAGCCAGAUAAGACCGUUACCAACAGGAGGGCAUGUUUUAGAAGAAGUAUGGAAUGGUAUAAAUUGGUAUUUGAGCUGGAAACCGGAGGCUGACCAAUCCAUGGAUGAGGCGGUUACUCGGGAUAUGGGGAAAUACGAUGGUUGGAUGAAUAUUCAACUCGAUGCUGAAUGUGUUAGUUUAGAAUUGGAAGAUAUGAUCUUCGACGAAUUAUUGGAGGAACUUGAAUACGAUUUGGAGUGGGACUAGCUAGUUGCGUAAUCUUUAGGUACUUAGAAUAGCAAACAAACAGGUCGUCGAUAUAGAGAUUCUUUCGAUCUGUAUGGUCCAUGUUUAUGAGUAAAGUUCGAUAUUUAUCUUUAGACAUGGAAGGCGUUUCAUUUUGUUUUAACGGAAAUGCGCCGCUAGGAAUUUACCA